AUGAACUCAGUGUUGAGGUCGGUUGUAGUCGUCUGGGUGUUAGCCCAUUCGUCCGAAUCUUUCCUGACCCAGUCACCAAACAUGCUCGCGCCGAGCUCCAUGAGAGCAACAGUCUCAUGUGGGGUGAAGUCGAUACGGAAGUUGAACAUCGUCUGUAGGAUGAGAUCUCCUGGUAGCGACAAGAACAAGCCUGAGAGCCCUCAGAUGCCCAAGAGGAGCCGGGCUUCCCGCGGCAGCUCCACGCGAACAGGGCGCGCACAUGUCAGUGCAACUGGUGCAGGGACGCUUGAGCGGGAGAAGAUCGAGUAUGGGGCAUAUAAAGGAAGGAGAGAGAAUGAUGACGCGCCAAGAUCAAAUGAGAUGCCUCCACAGAACAGCUCACCAUUCAUCUUCACAAUGUCCAAGGGGAGAAGCUUUGACCGUAGCUCAGGCGAAAGUGAAAUUGUUCCCAACGGUGAGGACCCUACCAAGUUCGAAGCUUGGAACAUGCUCUCUCCCCUGCGAAAUGGUGUCUCUAACCUUGGGGAGAACAUUCUGAGGAAUCUUCCCACGUUGAAUGCUCGAUCAGAUUUUGAAAUUCCAGAUGAAAAUCUGAAGCAAAAGCCGUCGUGGACUGAGUCGGAGUACAAAGAAACCUCGAGCAUCCGGUUUAGGGACGGUUGGGCGGAGUCGUUUCCGUCUGCCGUGGACGCCGCUAGCGGAGACAUCAACAAGCUUCCAACACGGAUUCCUUUUCUCUUUGGAACUCAGAGAGGCAAACGAGCUGCUAUGGCAGUCCUGGCUCCGCCUGAAAGCACCUCCUUGUAUAAGAGAAUUCCUUUCCUCCUCGGAUCAACCAGACCACCUUCGGAAUUCAUAACUUCCGCCGCGGGGAUAGGAAUGGGAGAGGAUGUAUCGAACGAGGAAGAGGAGCUGAGAGCCCUGAUGAUUGCCAGGCAACGUGCAGAGCAUGCCAUGCAAGCGCUGCAGAGGAACAGAGGUGGCCAAUCCGGAGAUGUAAAGCCUUUUUCGAACACUAUGCCUUCUUUUGUGCCAACGAGGCCCUCCUCGCCAUUUGCUGUCAACGUAGGCACACCAAAUGUUCAAGGAAGCAACGAGGCAGCCGUCUUGGAAGUUUGUUCGUUCGAUGAAAGCAUUUUAUGCAAUGAUAUGCAUCUUAUUGGAAGGCAGAAAAGAACUGUUACAAAGAUUGGCCGACUGGAAAGUGCCUCGUUUGCUCUGUGGGGUAAGAAGGUGUUGACCGGCGUGAGCGAGUGGGUUCUGCGAGUGGAGAAACAGACUGGCGUCAUCUUUGUCGGUGUGAUGGAAGAGCCUCAAUUCCCGAGCCAUGGCUUCGCGCGAAACCUGGGGACGAGAGCAUGGAUGCUCGGGAGUUACGGGUAUGUGUGCAAAACAGAGCGAUGGGGUCAGCGAUCACUUACAGAGGACGCAAAGAGACAAGUUGGAGACCCUCGAGUCGGUGCGUUGUCGUUCGGUACCGGCACGAUCAUCAGGAUUGUGCACGAUCGCAACUCUUGCUCCUUGACGUUUGAGAUCUCGAACGAGAAGAAGUUCACCAUACCGGACGUGUCUCCCAUCGCUCGACCAUUCGUGAACAUCGCAUGUGGAGGGGACAGCGUUUCCAUCAUAGACCCUUCGGUGGACACAGAACGAGUUCCCUUGGAAGAGCUUGAGCCACGUUUCGAAGCUAGGGCUGAAGUAUCUGCGGAUCAGAUGGAAAAAAUUCGAGCAGAGGCUGAAAACUUCUGGACUUGA